AUGACGGAAUUCCUACCGCUAUGUGAUGUGCUGUUCAACGUGAUCUCCCUGGCCGGUUACUUCUGUGACGUUGUGUUUGAUGUCGUCCUUGGUUACGCGUUGUACGAACGGCAAAAGUUCUCCUAUUUCGCCGCAGUUAUCGUGAUCGUUUCGUUUUCGUUGAUCAUUUCACAGAUCGUAUCCAUACGAUGGUACAUGAACAAACGCAAGAUUCGCAAUGCUACCGCGUCCAGCACGGGUCCACCCGGCUCACCGGACACGGAAGCAGGAGCGCCGGGCAGUAACAGCCUCGAGAAAAAGAAGAAAAAACCAAACACGCUCGGUUCCGGCAACGGUUCUGGUCCCGGUGGAGCGACAGGGGAAUCAGCCGGUUCAGGAUUAGCCACCAGGACCGCCCAGUACGGCCGAUACGUUGUCCUUGCACUACACGUCACCCAGCUCGGGGUGCUGUGGCGGUACGCGAAACUAUUCGUACCGGUUGACCUGCGCCACGUGAAGCACGAAGUGCGUGAUCUCUGCAUGUUACGCCUGGUGCAUGCCUUCUGUGAAGCAGCUCCGAUGCUACUGCUGCAGUUGUACGUACUCGUAACGCUGCAAAGUGAAGCUCAACUAGCUGCAGCUGGGCUGAAGCUAAAGGCACUUGGACACCAUCAUCACCAUCACCUACCGGCCAGUGCGACGGCACUCGUGCAGCAAACGAACCUAGCGGAACAGCAACAGAAAACAUUUCGGGACCUCAACAUGGUCUCAGCCACGCUGUCGUUAUUUAGCGUCUGCUGGGCCCUUGCUAGCUUUAGCAAGAACGUACGGCUGCAGAACGUGCACCGGCUCGUGCUGACCUGGUUGGGCGUUAUCUUUCAAUUCCUAUGGCGACUCGGAACCGUGAUUUCGCGCGUCAUCUCCCUCACGGUGUACGCGUCCGUGUACAGCCACUGGGUGUUUCUCGUGAUAAUACUGCACUGGUUCUCGAUGUUCCUGUGGUUGAUUUCACCGAAGAACGUAUUCCAUGGUGAACGAAUUUCGCGCCUAAAAAAGACGACCCUGGGUGGGCUGAUUGCGUUCGUGUACAUUUUCGCCUACAUUAACCUGCAGGAAGUGCGCCACCGGCAAAAGAUGCUCACGUUUUACGUGGUGAUGUUCGCAGAGAACUGUCUGCUCGUUUGCCUGUGGAUGGUUGGCGUGUGGCCAAACCGUCCGGAAGGUUGGUACAUGGUCCCGGUAUCCGUGCUAUGCAGCUUCGCCGCUGGGUUGUUCUUUAUGGUCGUCUACUACCGGUACUUCCACGUGCGAAGGUUAGGAUACGAAGCGGGUGGUCGAGUAGCGGAGAAGUGUUCAGCUCACUGCCCGGACGGUUGUCGGUGUCUAACCGGACACGAGAAUGGCCUCGAUGGUGGACUAGGGGGUGCCAGUUGUAAAGCUGGAGGAGGUAUCGGAGCCGGUGCGAGUGGUGGUGGGAUGAACGGGAACGCUGGCCAAAAGUAUCCGCAUGCCAUACCGGGUGUGUUCAACUGUCGGUUUUCCAACCCCGUCAAUGCCGCGACGAAGAGAAAAAAGAAAAAACCAACCACGUUCGUGCCGCCACCGAAUCUUGCGAUCGCAUCCCAAAACGGUGGUGGUGCAGGUGCGGGUCAACAUCAGCAGCUGCUGCACCAGCAACACCAGCAACACCUACAGCAGCAUCAGCAACAGCAGCAGCAGUACCAGCAGCAGCAGCUCCUUCAACAUCAGCAGCAGCAGCAACACCAGCAGCAACAGCAGCAACAUCAGCAGCAUCAACAGCAGCAACAGCAGUUGCUGCUUGGUCCGAUGGCGAUUCCCUUCUGGAGACGUCCUUUGCCACGAUCGCACACGGGUGGUUCAAGCGAGAACGAGGGCAGUAGCGUCGGUUCGCGGGUUAACAUUCAGCAAAAGCUGCAGGAGAAAAAGCAGAAACAGCUGGCCGAACUGAAGAUCAUCGAGGAGGAGAUCAAGCAGGGCAAGCUGGGUGGUCCGGGAGGCACGGGGACACUUAGCUCCGGUGAUGAUGGCAAAACGACGUUGCCACGGCAACCGAUUCCGCGAGCGAAGAAGCAUAUUGACAUCGAUCCGAUAGAGUGGCGAACGUCCAGCCCGGAUAUGGCGGAGAUUGUGACGAAUAAAUCGUUUAACGAUCUGAACCUAUUACUCGCGGCCAACCUGGAUGAUGUGAAUGGGUUGAACAAGUUCAACAGCAAUUACGAUCCGAUCUACAACAGUUUCGGGCUAAACGGCAUCAACAUAUCAGCGCUGGUGAACCUCAAAGCGACUGGUGGGAGCGGUUCUGUUGGGGCAGCGGGGUUGAGCGAAGCGGGUGGCCAGCCAUCAUCCGUUCCGGUUGUGUCUGGAAACCGUAACAUGUCUCCGAUUUCAUCCCAAAUAUCCGCAACCGAGAGUAAUUCGCUCACACGACAAGUGCUGCCUCGUGCGAAACUUCUGCCCAACAACAUCCCGCGGAAUCCGUUUGCGGAGAACUAUAGGGGCAAUUUCGUGAAUUUGUAUGCCGACGCGGCCGCCAGUACGCCACCGGCUGCUGUAUUAAAUGGAGCGGGGAAUCAGACCGGUGGUGGUGGCCCGUCAGGGGCGCGGGCGCCCUCAAUUAGUCCCAGGACGACGGAAAUUGCCCAAUCGAACCGAGCGAUCCUGUACGAUGCUCACGGGCGACUUUAUACGGAUGCGAACCACCCGCGGCAGGUAUCCGGAACGUACAGCAGUACGGAGAACGCCGGUGCAGAGAACUUACCGUUCCCGUACAACGUUGUGCCACCACCGAGGAGCAAAUUGGAUAGCCGCGGAACACCGACCACCCCAGUACAAUCCGGAUCGGCUAGUGGAAGUGCGAACAACACGAACAGUAGCAACAAAUCGGGCCGGACAGCAACAACGGCAACGAUGGCGGCCAUCGUUGCAAGUAUCGGUGCUGGAGGGCCGUCGAAUAGCCCGACAGUUGGAGCAGGCGGUGCCAUCAAUAACCUCAACAAUACCAAGCGCCAGAACAUGCAGCGUGCUAAAACGCCUGAAAUUCUGCUGGCACCGCACUAUCUCGAAAACUCGCGCAUCUACUUCGACUGGGUGGCACGUGAGGCGGCCAACUUUAGGUUACAAGAAUCGGAACGUGAUCAACCGAUGGAAAGCAGUGGGGAUGAAAAUUUGGACAAUUCCGGGUGUGACGAUGGCCACAAUGGGCACCAUAGAAUACCAUCCGAUAUCGAUAGUCAGGUAUCAUUGCCUCGAUCGUACACGUUGCCACGGGAAUUUAAAUACUACCGACGGAAUAAGGGCCGGAAGGUGAAAAAUGAGCACUUCAUUGCCAGCACGAACAGCAGCGAUGGUGAUGUGGACAGUGGGGACGAUAAUGAAUCGGAACGGCUGUCCAAUUUGUCCUCUAGUUCUCAGAGGCGAGUGAAAAACGCUACACCAUGCUCUAAUCUAACAGGAGGGCAUCAUCAACCGCCUUUGCAGCAGCAACAACCGCCCCAACCGCAACAACACCAGCCGCUCCCUCGCCAGCGCAUGAACAACCUAAACAAAAACGUUCCUUUGGCUCAGCCGGCCAUUGCUACGGCAGCGCUGAUGUACCCAAGCGCCUCCGGAGGCUCUCCAAGCGGUACGAUGCUACUCACAAAUGGGAUGUCGGCGAACACGUGCCGUCAAACGUUAAACGCUACGCCACAGAAUCUCCACCAACCAUCGCAGCACUCAGUGGCCAUAGUUAAUGGGUACAAUCUUACGGGAGGCGGUGAUAGAAGCAGCCCUGCCAUGUCGGUUUUGUUGGCAGCCAGUGAAAACGGUCCGGUAGGGCUAUCCGGCAAACCGGGCGCAGUACAUAGUUUCGAUCUGAUUAGUGGCGUGGAGGCCCUUGGAGGCCCUUUACCCCCGUACCAGGCGGGUGGUGUAGCAGCAGCAGGAGGUGGGGCAGCAAGACCGACGAGAUUCCGCAUGUACGGUACGAAAAAUGGUAUGGUACGCCAUGAAACGAAGCUCUAG